AUGAAGAACUUCAGUCAUGUGGAUAUAUUGGAGAAGCUGCGACUGUUCUCCUUGAACAAAGCUGAACGAAAAAGAGUUUUGACAGAAGUUUCCAAAAUCAUAUGGGAUCUGAACAGAGUGGGGAGAAUGAAAGCUUUCUUCCAAUUCUGGGGGCUUCUGCUGUGGACAAGAUACCAGCUCGUUUUAUCGCAAGACUAUGAGGAACGUGGGGACGGACAUUUGGUUAGAAGACAAAAAAUUAAGUAUCUCUCAUCGAAUGCACCAGGAGAAAAUGAACAAGAGGAGGAUUGCAAUUUGGAGAUUGCCUUCCUGUUGGACAGUUCGGAAAGUGCUAAGGACUUCAACCACAACCGGGAGAAGAGCUUUGUGCUGGAUUUUGUGGAUAGGCUGCAGCAGCUGAGAGUGUCGAGUGGUCGCCAGCUGGUGCCCAGAGUGGCACUCCUGCAGUACAGCAGCACGGUGCUCAUUGAGCAAACCUUCCGUGACUGGAGUGGCCCGGCAGUCUUCAGGACUCGUGUUGCUCCGAUUGGCUACAUUGGGCAUGGCACCUACACCACGUAUGCCAUCACCAACCUGACACAGCUCUACCUGAAUGAGGCAGUCCCUGGCAGUGUCCGGGUAGCAGUGCUCAUGACCGAUGGUGUGGACCACCCAAGAAACCCAGAUAUCUACGCGGCUACGACUGAGGCCAAGAACCAAGGCAUCAAGUUCUUCACAGUCGGCAUGUCACCCGUGGCCAACGAGCCACCCAAUGCAGCUAAACUGCGCCUUCUAGCCAGUCCGCCUGCUUCCCGCUUUGUUCACAACCUCCAAGACAGCAGUGCCCUGGGCAAACUCCUCCUGGAGGUGGCAGAAUUGGCUGAUGAAGGGUGUCCCAAAAUACCAAAAUGUAUCUGUGAAAAAGGAGAAAGAGGUCCACCAGGUUCUUCUGGGAAAAAAGGACGCCCUGGUGAUGAUGGUGCUCCAGGACUGAAAGGACAAAAGGGGGAAGCAGGUCUGAGUGGAAUCCCAGGAAGGGACGGAAUGGAGGGAAGAGCUGGAUACAAAGGUGAACAGGGUGAAAGAGGUGAAUGUGGGCUUCCAGGGACAAAAGGUGACAGGGGACCAGAAGGCCCAGUGGGUCCAAGGGGACUGAGAGGCGUACAGGGUUACCCUGGAUCCCCUGGGGACCAAGGACCAGCAGGUUUCCAAGGAAGGAAGGGUGAACGUGGACUUCCUGGACCACCUGGACUAACUGGUGAAACUGGAAUAGGCUUUCCUGGCCCAAAGGGUAAUAUUGGUUUUGUAGGAAGACCAGGGCCUAUUGGCCCACCUGGGAUUGGUGAACCUGGACUACCAGGUCCUCCAGGGCCUCAAGGUCUUCAGGGAGAUAGAGGUUUACCUGGAGAAGGUUGGCCAGGAGUGAAGGGUGAUCGUGGAUAUGAAGGACCAAAGGGACCUCGUGGAGCUCCAGGUAUCGGUGUUAAAGGUGAUAAGGGUGAAAUUGGUUUUCCUGGAUUACCUGGGCCUAUUGGACCAUCCGGAAUUGGAUUCCAAGGUGAAAAGGGAGAACAGGGUCCACGAGGUCCACCUGGCCCGAAAGGACCUCCAGGUGAAGGACUGCCUGGAUCAAAGGGGGAUCAAGGUUUGCCCGGAGAAGUUGGAGCUCCAGGAGAAAGGGGACUUGGAGAACCAGGACCAAAAGGUGAACCUGGCUCCUCUGGAUUGGCAGGUCUCCCCGGUCUUCCAGGAGAAGAUGGUGCUCCAGGACAAAAGGGUGAACCAGGAGCGCCAGGUCCACGAGGGGCUGAAGGUGCUGUGGGCAUUGGAAUUCAAGGAGAGAAGGGUGAUAUAGGUCAGAGGGGACUACGAGGUUUGGUUGGUCCACCUGGAGCAACAGGCCCAAUGGGACCAAAGGGUGAACCUGGUGUUCUGGGGCGCCCAGGAAUGCCAGGCCUUACAGGACGUGGCAUUAUGGGACUUAAGGGUGAUCCAGGUCCCCCUGGUCCUGUUGGCCCUGUGGGUGAAACUGGAGUUGGAAUUCUUGGCCCAAAGGGUGAUCGUGGCCUCCCAGGACCACCAGGGCCAUUUGGACAAAAAGGAGAUGGAUACCCAGGAGCGCCUGGGUUGCCAGGCCUCCCAGGGCCCACAGGUGAACAGGGGCCUAUCGGAAUUGGAUUCCCAGGGCCUAAGGGUGAUCCAGGAGCAAGAGGCCCAAGUGGUCUACCUGGACCAUCAGGAGAAGGGAUUCAAGGUCAAAAGGGAAUAUCUGGGAGACCAGGACCACCUGGUCCUCAAGGGCCUCCAGGUGAAGGCAUGCAGGGACCUAAGGGGGACAUAGGUGUUCAAGGUUUGCCAGGACCUCGUGGACCACCAGGAGAAGGGCUCAUGGGACCUAAGGGUGACCGUGGUCUUUCAGGAGAAAGAGGACAAAAGGGAGGGAAAGGAGAUGUGGGUGAUUCUGGCUCUCCUGGUUUGCCUGGUAGACCUGGAGUAAAGGGUGACCCUGGAUUAACAAGAGAGGACAUCAUCAGAAUGAUAAAGGAAAUCUGUGGUUGUGGAAUUAAAUGUAAAGAAAGACCAAUGGAACUUGUCUUUGUGAUUGAUAGUUCAGAGAGUGUGGGUCCAGAUAAUUUUGAAAUCAUAAAAGAUUUCGUCACUGCACUCGUUGACAAAGUAACAGUUGGUAGAAAUGCCACCCGGAUUGGUCUUGUGCUCUACAGCUUGGAAGUACGAUUAGAAUUUGGUCUAAGUCGAUACCUUACACAGCAAGAUGUCAAACAGGCAAUCAGGAAAAUGCUAUACAUGGGAGAAGGCACACAUACUGGAACUGCCAUUCGCAAAGCAACACAGGAGGGAUUCUAUGGAGCUCGGCCUGGUGUGAAGAAAGUUGCUGUAGUAUUAACAGAUGGGCAGGCAGACAGAAGGGAGACUGUUAAACUGGAUGUUGCUGUACGUGAGGCUCAUGCUGCAAACAUAGAGAUGUUUGCAAUUGGUAUUGUAAAUACCACAGACCCAACUCAAGCUGAAUUCUUACGUGAGCUGAACCUAAUUGCUUCAGAUCCUGAUACUGAGCAUAUGUACCUCAUUGAUGAUUUCAAUACCCUUGCAGCUCUGGAAUCAAAAUUGGUCAGACAGUUCUGUGAAGAUGAAAAUGGUGCAUUGAUUUACAAUCGUGUCGGAAAUGGAAUGAACCAAAAUCCAAAAGCACAUGAUAAGGAGAAAGAGGAUUACAAGUUUCGGGUUCUGUCAACUACUUCAAAGGGUGGUAGCUACGUCUCAACCAGUCAACAAGUUCCAGGUCUACACUCACAAUCAGUUAAACCAGUGAAAGAAUCCACAUUGUCAGUAUCCCCAACAGUAAAAAUACCAGUUUCAGACCCUCCCUGUCAGCUCCACUUGGACCAAGGAACAUGUCGUGACUAUGUAAUUAAAUGGUAUUAUGACAAACAGGCCAAUGCUUGUGCACAGUUUUGGUACGGUGGCUGCAAUGGAAAUGCUAAUCGUUUUGACACUGAAGAUAAAUGCAGGAAGACCUGUGUAGUUUCCAGUGCAGAAUCCUGAUGUGAGUACCAGAAAAAUUGUAAUUCAGC